AUGGCAAACCCGAUCUUCGACCUUGGGUCGUUAUGUUCUAGCCCGAUAUUGUACGGAGAAGGCGAAGAUUUUCUGGAACAGCCUGUAAACACGUUCUUCGAUGAAGAUCUAAAUUUCGAUUUCAUUGACGCUUUUGAAGACGGGUUCUCGAUAUCUGGGAACGCAAGUGAAGUAUGGAAAGGAGAUACUUAUCAUAAAAAAGAUUGGCAAUUUUCAGUACAAACGCCGACCUUGCCGAUUGCCCAGACAAAUGGCGAAGGCCAUGUGGGAAGGACAUUUGAUAUCCAGGCUCAGAAUACGUUCUCGGGUGAUGAAGGUGUAAACGGGAAUGAUCAGGUGUCUCCUAAAGAAAACAGCAUUAAGCGUUGCACAUAUACUUCCGAAUAUACAAAUACCAGCGCAAAUGAAGAUAAAGCGAGCGAUGAGGACACAGCCUUAAGGACUUUGUCCAAAAAUGCAAAAGAAUUGUCUAAACAUGUCAUAUCACAAAGCCAAACGGAACUGGCUGACAGAAUGUCUUUGUCAAAGAGUGGUUUUAAUAAAAGUCGCAUUACAACAAACAGCCAAGCUGAUAUUCGCUCGAAUACCACAGAAACCGUUUCAGCAGAUGAUUCCAUACAGAACUUCGAGGAUAACACUUAUAUUAGCAGCAAUGUUAAUGAAAAACCAGCACUUAAUAAAGAGACAUUAUUAUCGCGCGGAAGCGAACACACAAUGAACACCAUUGGCGCAACCAAAGAGAAAACGCCAAGCACAAAAGAUUUAAAGAAAUUGGACGAUGCUCCUUUCGCACCGAAACAUUCAGGUUUAAAACGAUGCGUGGUUCCUAAAACUUUUUAUUCACCGUUUUGGAAACCGGAUAAAAGUACACCCAAAGGCGAUAAAUCGUUGGAAGAUAGUUUCAUAAACACACAACGUAAUGUAGAUAUAUUGUAUUGUUGUAAUUGCAAAUCGCAAAAGCCAUUUUCCAGGUUCGUCGCAUCGAAACCUCUAAGUUCGACCACGAACGCUCACAGGGACCGCAAUGAUUACGUUGAUUUUCUUAAACGGAAUUCGACGCUCGAGCCACAACGAAACUGCCAUAAAAAAGGCCAGAACAAGACAAUUAAUGGAGAAACGUCGAGUAAGAUAACUUUUAAUGAGGUACACAAUGAAGAAAAGUGGAUUUUGCCUCCAAUUUACACAUCAAAGACACUUCGACAAAAAGCUGUCAGAGAGAGAGCCAGCGAAUCUCUUUAUUUGAACUCACUUUCGACGGCAUCUGUCGAAGGAUUGAUCAAUAAAUACAAAGGGAAACAUCUAGAUCUUGUGGAACAGCAAAAAAGAUAUCAACUUAAGCCUUUUAGAUAG